UUUGAUUAUAACGUUGUUGUUUCCUUCUAGACUUGUCUACUACUCGUGUCACCCCAACCACAAUACACGCACGCUCCAAUUCAAAAACCCUAGAAGACAAGAAAAAACAAAAAAACCCAAUUCUCCGAUCCCUUUCUCAAUGGCUACCCCUGAUUCCUCUCUUCCUCUCUCCACUAAGAAGGAGAACAUCACUCCCAUUUCCUCUAAAAUCGCGGAACUUAACGAAUCCAGAUCGGAGCUUCUCGGCAGAAUUCAGAGUUUGAAACUGGAUUUGCAAAGUUGGAGGUCUAAGUUAGAUACCCAAGUCAAGGUCUAUCGCGAUGAGCUGUCAGAGCUUAAGAAAACACUUAACGUAGAAGUGGAGCAACUUCGGACAGAAUUUCAAGAUCUGAGGACUACCCUUCAUCAGCAACAAGAGGAUGUUACUGCUAGCUUGAGAAACUUGGGGCUUCAGGAUGCCUCAGGAGACGUUAAGCAAGCUCAGUCACAGGAGACCAAGAUUGAAGAAAUUGACAAGGAAGAGCAGCAGGUGUUACCCGAAGAGGAUAAUAACAGCAGCAAAGUAGCUGAAAAUUAAAUGUUGUCUUCAAUUGAGUGUUUUCUACUAGCAGUGUACACCCUAGAGAUGAAUGACUUAGUGCGUGUUUGUAUUAGUUAUUUGAUUUCUUUGCUUACUACUUUUGGGUAUAUAUAGU